AUGUGGGCAGCGGCAGCGGCAGCAGCACUAUGGGCCACAGUUGAUACACAAGAGACACCAGGCGACCCGGCCAAGCAAAAGCUGGCAAAUAGAGGAAAGGAUGGGGAUCAAUGCAUGUCACGGAAGACCGGCCAGCGUCUGGCGGGACCGUCAAGCCCCGCCACGGCUCCUUGGGGUCCAACGCCUGGGAGCGAAGGGAGGAGCGGGGUGGAGGGGAGGAUGCCGGAUAGCCCUGAACAUGAUUCCCCCGAUCAGGCGCCCAGCACCCUGGGCAUUCAUUCUCUGCGACAGCAACGAGACAGGCCCAAGGCGCCCGCACAGCCCAAUCAUCCGCCUCGAAUCUGCGAUCCAGCCAGGGUCACGACGGGAGUGAGGACGAACCGGCGAAUCGACGAAUCCUCGAUCCACGACUCCACGAUCUAUUCCAUGGACCAACAGCAGCCCCAGGCUCGCAGGCAAUCUCCUUCGGGCCCUUCUGCCGGCGGGGGUGCAACGCACCACCAGCAGCCUCAUAUAAGGACUGAGCACUCGCCAGCACCCGCUCCCUUUCCUAAUUUGAAUGAGCCCUCAUCGUCCUCGUCGUCCAUCGGUCUCGGUGUCGGCCUUGUCGACCCCGCCGUCCAGCACUUCUCCGUGCACCAGCCCGAGUUCUCGGUCUACGACGCAAACACCGGAAGCUUCCUGAGCAACCAGCAGGCUGCGCCACAGCCCUUCACGCAGCCCCCCUUUGCCGACCCUUCUGCUGCCGCUGCCUUCGAUCUAACCCAGUCCUUUGCUGAGCAGGUCAAAUCUGACCUGUCUGCCUUCGGUGCCCCGCCGCCUGGCACCUUAACUCCGCAGUCCCAAACUCAGCAGCCGCCGAGCAUCGUUGCCCAGUCCUUCGACACGGACUUUACCAUCUUCCCCUCAACUCCAGGCGAACCACAGUUCAACACUUCACUGUUUGGCACCGACAGUCAGCAGCAACAACAGCAACACCAACAGGAGCAAGAACAACAGCAGCAACAGCAUCAGCAACAGCAGCAACAGCAUCAGCAUCAUCAACAGCAACAACAACAGUCGCCAUUCUCGGUUUCCGACCCCGGUAUGAUGACACAGGCAAAUCCCCAUCCAACCCCUCCUCAUCUUCUCAGUCCCGAGCCUCACCAGGCCGGCUCUGUCAACCACUCUCCUCGCUUUGCCCCGCAUCCAUUCGGUGCGUCUCCUGGAAGACACUCACGCAGUGUCUCACUUGGGCCUCAGGAUGCCCUCUUCCCGGGGCAGAAAGACUGGACCCGUAGCGGUCCUCAAUGGCAGAGCCAUCGGCGCACUCCUUCCGAGUAUUCGGACGUUUCGUCUGCGGCGGCGUCGCCGGCUCUUGUCAGCACGGACUCUUUUGAUCAGAUAGAUCCCAGCUGCUCGCCAUUGUUGCCCCCCCAGGAUCCUACAGUGUAUAAUGAGCUCCAUGGGCUCCGAAACUUUAGUAUCUCCGACCACGGCACACACACUCCCCAUGGUGCCAGGAGCCCGUCCCAUAGCCCGGCAAUUUCGCCGCGGAUCAUGCCCCAGCGGCCAACCGACAUGAACCAGCCGCCCAACCUCCUGCUCUCCUCCCCAAGCCCUAGUUUUGCUCCAUCGCCGUAUUUGCAGCCUCCCCAAGAGGAGUUUCCUCAACUCCCUCAAGAUAACACUGAGGGGCAGCAGGGACAACAGCAGACACCGAUGCUUGCCCCCCCAUCCAUCAACAUUCAACUUGCUCCUGCCCCAGCUAAGAGUGGUUUUGAACCUCCCAAAAGCCUUGAUAUCGAUGCUCUGACACCCCCAGAGCGAGGACGUCCUAGGCGCCCUCGCGCUGUAACGGAUCCCUACAACACUGGCGGUGGUUAUCUGGCUGUUCACCAGCGAAGUCCAUCAGUAUCUGGCAGUCUCUCACCAGAAUCCGCGGCCAUCAGAAGACGCCAGUCGACGUCGUCGGUGCCAAACAAUGUCAUGGCACUGCGUCUUGCGGACCCAGAAAACGCCCAGGGGGACGGCACUGGUGCCAAGCGCGUCCAGAAGCAUCCCGCGACUUUCCAGUGCAACUUGUGUCCCAAGCGGUUUACACGUGCCUAUAAUCUGCGGUCCCAUCUCCGCACUCACACUGACGAACGCCCGUUCGUCUGUACGGUUUGCGGCAAGGCUUUUGCCCGCCAACACGACCGCAAACGGCACGAGAGUCUUCAUUCUGGCGAAAAGAAGUUUGUUUGCAAGGGCGAGCUCAAGAAUGGCGGCCAGUGGGGCUGCGGCCGACGUUUUGCUCGUGCCGACGCUCUCGGCCGUCAUUUCCGGUCCGAGGCUGGCCGUAUCUGCAUCAAGCCGCUUCAAGACGAAGAGAUGGCCGAACGUAUGCGCGCUUGGAGCGAGCAGCAGCGGGAGCAGCAACAGCAGUUCCAGCAGGCUAUGGCAUUGCAGGGAUCACCGGGUAUGCCGGGCAUGCCCAUGGACCCCAACGCCGCCGCUGCCAGUUAUCCCAUGGAUCCCAGCGGCAACCUCAUCCUGCCGCAAGCAUUACUCGCGCAAUAUCCUGUUCUUGCCCAAAUGAACUGGUCGGCACCCGACCUGGGUGGCGGUAGCGGCAUAGAAGACGAGCUAAGUGGCGGGAGCGCAUUCGAAGCAAGCGAUUAUGACGAUGGCGAUGACGGAGGGUAUGUUAGCGGUCCCGGGACAGGCUUUGGUCCCGGCGGCAUGCCGGAGGGCUUUGGGGAGAUGGGCUAUGCCAGUGAUUAUGGUGGGAGAUGA